UCACCGCAUUCUCCUCGUUGUGUGUAGACAGACUGCAACAAGGAGAACAAGGCCCAGCGGCUGUAAGAGUACGGGGAGAUCCUGAUCGGCAAGCGAUAGUCUGGAAUUUGUAAAACCAGCUCAGGUAUACAAUCAUGUCAAUCGAAGUGGUGGAAAACAACGUCGGUCACCUUCUUGAAGGUCCACACUGGGAUCAAGCCUCGGGAAGCCUUCUUUACGUUGAUAUCCUUGGGCAGACAGUCUCGAGAUAUAAUCCUGGGGCGGGAAACACCGUGAAAGUUAAUAUAGGCAAACAGGUUGGUGCCGUUAUACCCACUCGCAGCGGGCGAACCCUCGUAGCAGCCACCCACGUAAUAGGGUUUCUCGACUGGGAUUCAGGGCAGAUCGAAACACUUAUUGAAGUUGAGAAAGACAGAGCCGAAACAAGAUUCAACGAUGCCAAGUGCGACUCGUCUGGAAGACUUUGGGUUGGGACGAUGGGAUUCGAGUCUCUACCCCCUGGUCUGAACGAAAGAGUCCUGCCAGGCUUGGCUUCACUUUACUGUCUUCAUCCGGAUAAAUCCCUCAAAACACAUCUUCAAGGAGUCGGUCUUUCGAAUGGAAUGGCGUGGACAGAAGAUUACAAGACCAUGUACUAUAUUGAUUCAUUUUCGGGUGGAGUAGAUGCUUUCGACUACGACGUUGCCAGUGGCACGAUAGCAAACCGAAGACGAGUGAUCACUAUCCCUAAUAAUGAAGGAUUUCCUGAUGGUAUGUGCAUUGACAGCGAGGGAAAGCUCUGGGUUGCUCACUUCAUGGGCUCUGCUGUAAAAAGAUACGACCCAUUAACAGGGGAGAAGCUUAGAACGGUACAACUACCCACCGAAAUCAUAACCAGUUGCUGCUGGGGUGGGGCCAACCUUGAUGAGCUGUAUGUGACGUCAUCUAAACUCUCGCUGAGCGAAGAGAAACUGAAGGCUCAAGAUACUGCCGGCUAUCUCUUCCGGGUUACUGGACUUGGGGUCAAAGGUGUCAAAGCUGAACUGUUUGAUGACCUGAGUCUCCUUGCAUAAAACGAACUGUAAUAUCACACCUUUACGUUUAUCACCACACGAUGAAUCCUUUGAUUACAAUAUACCACAGUCACACCAACGAAUCCAACGUCAAACCGACAUCAAAGAAUUACGUAAUACUUUUGACAGGUUUUCCCUUUUUUGACGUGGAACGUUUAGAAUGCUAGAGCCCCGAGGCGCCCCGCGGAUCCGCCAGUGGUGAAUAAUUUGACAGUAAAUAUUUUUUUUUAUUUGGAAUGGUACAUUUUGCACACACAUUAGCCGUCAUGGAGGAUGGGGGAGCUGAAGCCCCGAAUUCCCGGAAUCACCCCCCCCCCAUCUUGGGUUCAAUAAAAUGCAACAAUGAAAAUCAAAUGUAUAUUACACUAUAUAAAUCAUGAUAAUGAUUGAAACCAACUGACCCUUAUAUUUCUAGUCGACUCUUUGAAGAGUAAAUCACUCUAACAACACUGCACUCUAAAAAUGGUUUACACAAUAUUGGGUUAAUUGGGAACAUGCAUGCUGGUUGGGUAAGAAGAUACCCAAUUGAAAUAGCCCAAUAUGGGGUGAAAAAAUACCCAGCAAACAUGCAUAUUCCCUUUUUACUCAAUAUUGGGUAGAAU